UUUGAUUGAAAUUGAAAUAAUUUUAAAUUGCGUAACAUUUGCUCCUAAGAUAAUUGUGAAAUUUUAAUGAAAAUUACUUAAUUUAAUUUCGAGGUUACCGCAUACACUCUCGCUUACACAGUACAAAAAAUGACUGAUUUAAAUAACUCAAUAAAAAUAUUAGAAAAUGUGUUAUCUACACCAGGCAAAAGUAUGUUACGAACAUCGAAAUAUGUUGCCAAAUCAUCCAGACAAUCGUUAUUGCGUCCAACCGAUUUGGAAGAAUCAAAUACAAACUUAACAUUAAAUCAUCCAAAUUUUGAUGCAUCCGUUACAGCUGCUCCACACGAAUUUCGUGAAAUUAUGGGUCAUAGUAAAUUGAUUAGAGAUCCAAACUUAACAUUUAGCGAAUCUUUAUUAAAUGGGAAUAUUUUGAAAACAACACAAAAAAGUGCAGAAAUUUUGGAUAAAUUAUUUACAGACUUUUUUGAGAUUACACAAAUGCAUGAAAGUGCAACACAAAUAUUUCAAACAAUCGCCGACUAUAUACAAUCGUGCUCAGAUAAUUUGGACUUAAUCAUCGAUAUACAAUCGAAAAGUUUGGGUGAAACUCGUAAAAGUGCUGCAUACGAUAAUUUGUGGUUAGAAAAUGAACGAAAUUUAUGGCGAUUAAUUUAUUGUAUAUAUCAAGAUCGUUUAACAUCCGAUAAAAAUCCGGAAAUUGAACCAAUUCCACCAAAUACCAUAACUGAGAAACAGUGCGUGGAAAAUUUAUAUAAAACUGAUUCAUUGUUACGAGAAUGUCAAUUAGUUGUGGAUUGGUUGGAAAGAAAAGCGGCUGACCAAACUGCAGAUAUACCCAGAAUGGAACAUUUUACUGAUAAAACAGUUGGAUGGGAAAAUACUUUACAUCAAUUAGAUGAUGCGGAUUUGACUGUAUUCCCUUCAACGCGCGCACUUGUAACAAAAUUAGAUCCUGAUGCCCCGCUUAGGGAAAAAGCAUCAUUACACGAUUUAGAUUUAGAUGAUGAAGCACGAUUAUGUAAGGAAAUUUUUUAUGAAAUUCGUUGCGGGCGAUUAAAUGAAGCUCAAGCUUUAUGCGUUCAUUGUGGACAUGCUUGGAGGGCAGCUAUUCUUGAAGGUUGGCGUUUAUUUCAUGAUCCAAAUUACAGUAAAACAGAAAAUCGAGAACUAAAAGAACCAUGCGAAGGAAAUAUGCAUCGUGAUUUAUGGAAAUAUAUGGCAUGGAAGAUCUGUGAGGAUGAACGCCUGGAUAAAUAUUGGCGUGGUACGCUUGGUAUAUUAUGUGGAAACUUACGUCCUGUAUUACUUGUAUGUCGUAACUGGGAAGAUAUAUUAUGGGCAUAUUUACGUGUAAUGAUUGAUAUUCGCGUAGAAUCUGAAAUACGUGAUACAAUUUUAAAAUCAUAUCAAGAAAUGCCCGCCGAAUAUUGGAAAAAUCGAUUCUCAUUAGAUGAAAUUUUUAAUAAAUUAACGGAUCAAAUUAAUACACAUUCAGAAACGGAAAAGUAUUAUCAUAUUUUACGAUUCAUUAUUAUGGAUCAACCAAUUGAGUUAUUAAAAUUAAUGAAACAUUGGGUUACGAUUUCUGAAGAUCAACUAAGUACAAUAACGUCACCUCAGAAAAAAUUACUUUCAAAUUCUCCUCAGUUUCUACGUUUAUUAGCGCAUAUUGUCCUAGUAUUUCGUGAAUUUGGUAUCACUGGUAAUGAAAUUGCUGGUGAUGGUGUAUUAGAACAAUACGUGCAAUGCUUAAUCGAUACAGAUCGAAAAGACUUAAUCGCAUUUUAUACCGCUACACUACCUCAACCGAAUCAAAUCACAAUGUAUUCAAAAUUUUUGGAACCAAUCACUGAAAAUGAUGAACGCCGUGCCAUGUUAUCAAACGCGGAAGAUGCUGGUCUACAUGUUGAAGCAAUUACUAAACAAGUUGUUGAAAAUAUACGUCGUAAAGAUAUUGUUGCUACGAUGUCUGAAUUAACUAAUGACCUUACGGAGAGUGAUCUUGCAAAAAUAUCAGCAUUAGAUUGGUUAAUAUUCUACGAUACCCAACGUUUAGAAGCUGUGUAUCAAACAAAUGCAAUUAUCAGAUAUUUCCUAGCAAGUGGAAAAUUAGAUGCAGCCCGACAAGCGUUCAAUAAAAAUCCUGGUGAUACUGUGAAUUUAAUUUUAUCAAAUUAUAACGAGAACGAUGUGCCAAAAAAUGUUCAAAGUAUCUUAAAGGAGUAUCUCUGUUACAAGGCCUAUUUAGAUGGUAAUGAAACUUUUUCGGAUUGGUUUCAUCAUUUUCAUCAUGGGCGUCCAAAACCACCAGCGCCAUUGGCAGAAAAUGCAGGUUUCACCGAACGUGUUGCACAUGAACAUCGGGUUUCACAAUAUAACGCAGAAUUAGAUCGUUGGAAAUUAACAAUGGCUCACCGUACAAAGAAUACUAAAACUUUAUUAUAUAAUAUUCUUCUGUUCCCUGACGGUGGAUGGUUAGUUGAUACAUAUGACACGGAUGAAGCUAGAGCCGUGGUUUUGAAUGAUUUGCGAGUUACGUGCAUUCCAAAAAUUGUUUUACUUCUACACACAGUAAUGCAUGAAAUGGGCGAAUAUAAAGAAUGUAUCCAAUUGGCUGAUUUACUUGCCGAUGAAACUAAACAACUGUAUAAAGUAUUUAACAAACCUGUUUUAGGGGAAGUUUUAACAAAACUAGGUGAAAGUUCCUUAGCAUUAAUGGAACAGAAAAAAGAUCCAUGGGGCUAUGAUGUUGGAACAUAAGUUGAUUAUUAUCAUAAAAAUA